AUGUCUUCAAUUGAUCAUCAAAACUGUGCUAAUAACGCCACAAUCGAUAUUGAUCAAAGGUCCAUUUCCCAGACCACCGAUGAUUGUGGCUCAAAGCGAAAGAGAAGAAAUACGAUUCAUAUCCUCAUUCAUGCGACUAUGCAAUUACUUUCUUCUCCACCCACUUCUCCUACUUCUAUUAAUUCUUCAAAAGAUCUCUGCUCUUCACCAUUUUCGAUAGAAUCUAAUGAAUCAUCGUAUUUUUCAUUUCCCGAAUUUGAAACUUUUAAUGAUGAAAAUAGUCAAGAACAUUUGGGAUCUCGAGGAGAAGAUGACAACAUGGUAGUUCAAAUGGAACAAUUUGAUGAGAUGUAUGUUAACGGAAUUCGAUUGCAAAAGUGA